CAGUAAGCGGGUUUCGGAUCGUAGCGUGCCCGCCGCAGUCCUGUUGGCGAGAAACUCCUCGCGCAGGGGUUACCAAACUGUGGUCCACCGCAUUCCGUUGCUCUCCAAAGGCUUUGGCUGGAGUCUUCUCCAGCAGACUCCCAUCUUAUCACAGCCAUGUUAACAACAGGAUGAAGCUAGAGGCUGUUGUGGAGCAGCUGCAAAAGCAGAAGCAGCAGCAGCAGCAAGUCCCUCAGCAGAUGGAUUCCAGAGAGAGGCAACAGAGGCAGAUGCGAGAAACUCAGCUGCAUUAUACCCAACAGCUGACAGUGCAGCAGGCUGCUCUUACCGCCACAUCUGGCAAGGCUUCAGGCGGCCCAGUUCUUGGCCCUUCAGCCAGAGUCCCACCUAUGCUGGGGGCUGCCCGAACAUUUGACCAGAGCAGUAUGAACUCUGAGGAGGAAGAGGAGGAGGAGGAGGAGGAGGAGGAAGGAGAAGAGGAUUUGGAAGAUGGUGAUCUUGAGGAUGAUGCUCCAAGAACUGGGAAAGAGUCAUGUUCUGCUUUGAAGUAUUUUCAUGCUUCCAAAGUUGCCCCCCACAACCAAAGAGUGGCUUCUUCCUCUAACCCCCUGCCGGUUCUAGGGGUGCAGCGGGGACAACAGGGAAAGGAUGAGCAGGGUAAAGAGGCUGCCAACGCCCCCUAUUGUGGUUCUUCAUCUGGGAGGCACACCUGGAGGCUGGAAGAACAGCUCAAGCAGAAUGGGAGCCUGAGUUGGAGUGAAGAAACUGACAGCAGCAGAGGAAGAGAGGUGUCUCGAGAUUUUGCCAAGUUGUAUGAACUGGAUGGUGAUCCUGAACGGAAGAAAUUCCUGGAUGACCUCUUCAUUUUUAUGCAGAAGAGGGGGACACCAAUUAACCGCAUCCCCAUCAUGGCAAAGCAGAUCCUUGACCUCUACAUGCUCUACAAGCUGGUGACAGACAAAGGUGGGCUGGUGGAAAUCAUCAACAAGAAAAUCUGGAGGGAGAUCACCAAAGGCCUUAACCUACCCACCUCCAUCACCAGUGCUGCGUUUACACUUCGCACCCAGUAUAUGAAGUAUCUCUAUGCCUAUGAAUGUGAGAAGAAAUCCUUAAGUUCUCCUGCCGAGCUGCAGGCUGCCAUUGAUGGCAACAGGCGGGAAGGCCGACGGCCCAGUUACAGCUCCUCUUUGUUCAGUUACUCCGCUGCUGCCGCAGGGCCUCCUUCGCUCCUGUGUCCUCCAAAGAUCCGCUUCCCCAUCGUUAGCCUCGCCCCUGGCAGCGGAACCAGCAACCCUCACCUUUCUCCAGCAGGCGCUCUGAGGAAAGGCGAUGGCAUCCCCCUGACUGUGUCCACGCCAAAUCGCAUUGCCAUGCCUGUGACCUUGGCAAACCAGCAGGCUACCAUAGCAGCUGCUAGAACUGCCACUCUGGAACAGCUGAGGGAGAGGCUGGAGUCCGGAGAGCCUGCAGAGAAGAUUGCGCGGAUGACGGAGGAAGAGCAGCGGUUUGUCCAGCAGGCAUUUCAACGGAACCUGUUCAGCAUGGCACGACAGCUGCCCAUGAAGAUCAAAAUCAACGGUCGAGAGGAUAAAUCAGAUUCAGCAGCGACAGCAGCAGCAUUGAAUUGGACCCCAUCUGGCUUCGGAAGCAUUAAUAUGUCAGUGGAAAUCAAUGGCACAAUCUAUGCUGGAGUCCUCUUUGCCCAGAAACCAGUCGUCCACCUAAUCGCUGGAUCCAGCGCGCAGAGCACCGGCGGCGGUAGCAGCAGCUCCUCCCACUGUUCCCCCAGCCCGACAUCCUCUAGGGGCACUCCCAGUGUUGAGCCCUCAACCAGCUGGUCUCUCUGAGUGGGAAGCAGAGCAGGGCAGGCUGGCUCUCUCUGGCCCCAAGCGGCUCCUCUUGGCUCAAAAGGAGUCCUGCUGGUGACCUCGCCUGGAGGAAACCCGCUUUGCAAUUGGCUAGCGACAGAGAACCGAAGAUUCCAUUGCGCUGGCAAAGUUUCCGUCGGGAUGGUCUCUCGCUGUCCAUCUCGCCUUUCUUCAGGUCUUGCUGUGUCCUCAAUGGAAAAAGAAGGGCGGUGAGGUGGGGGUGGGAGUGUAAAGGGACACAGGGCGUGUUUCAAUCAGGGAUUCUCUGGACAGGCUGUGCAUUUUUGUAGCUGACUGAGCUUCGCCACGGUAGCAAAAGGCCAAGGCAAGAAACCCAUUUUUUCCAAGCCAGAACCCCAAAGGACUUCUUUUUCUAACAUGAUUACAGUGUAUUGACAAUCCUAUCCCCAGCGGCAUGGGGAAAAUGUAGCUCUCUUUUCUCUCACCCAUAUCCUUGGAUACCUCUCUCCCCCUUGUUUUACACUCACACACACGCAUGCAUAUGUCUUGGUCCCUCUGUGCAUUAAUGUGUGGAUUUACCUUCCCUCUCCCCAGUUCGCUGGCUUAGGCUCAAAGGGCGAGUGCAUUUCCUGUCUCUUUCCAUAUGUUGGGUAUUUUACCUUCCUCUGGAGGAUGGAUGGGUGUCAGCAUGGAAAUCCCUUUUAGUGCUACUUCAUCUGCAGCAUGGAGUAGGACAGUUGGGAGGUCCAGGCAAGCCUUUUGUUUCAGCCCCCUGAGUAGAGCACAAGUGAUCUGUGGAGCUGUUCUUUGUGACUUGGCCCAGCCUUUCCCACAAAGGAGGGACUCACAUGCCUGCAGUGGGAGGUUCUUCCACAGCCUAACUCCUAUCGGGCCUUCCCUGCAAAGUUAAGCUGUGCGAUCCCAUUGCUCCUUUCUUUCUAUCCCAGGAGUGGAUGGAGAUACAUUGAUUAAAAAACAACCUGUCAAUCAAAAAGCCAAUGGAUUACCCCAGGUAGGCACAUUUUAUGCCCCCUCCUCUCUCUCUCUCCCCCCCCUCUGCUUCCCUGUCUCCCAAAAAAUCCCAAGACUAGAUGUCUUCAUGCUGAAAGUACAAGGCUAUUCCUCUGUUGCUGCUUGUGUUCACUUGCUUCACACUUGCCCAGAAUCCUCUGUGGUUACAUCCUAUUUCUGUGUAGUAUGUGGAAGGGGAAUUGGCUGCUCCCUGAGUAUUUGGGGGGCACCCCUACAUGACUGCAUCACAGCCCCUCGCACAGCCUGCCACUUCUGAGCAUCUCUCACAUCUUCCCCUCUAGAAUCCUAAUGAGGGAACUGCACGCUGUCCCUUAGAUAAAAGAAUUCUUGUUCUUACUUGGGCAUGUGCACGCCGUACACACGCUUCCUUGUGCCUCCCUUGAACCUCAGCCUGUUUCUGCUUCUUCCUUGUAGUUGACGUCCCCUGCCUGCCCAUUGGAUCGACAGCCCGUCUCCUUGCCAACGGGAAUCAGCCCUCCCUCUCUUACCCUGGCGAAUCUCGGUCAUCCUACAGAUCUGCAUUAGCUUCUCCUGAGCAGAUGAAAUACCUCAGAAAUAUGUACUUAUUGCUGUGUUGUUGUUGGGUUUUUUUUCUCUUCUGGAAGGAUUUGCAUAUGUUAAAGCUUCUUUUUAUAUGUCUUGUUGAACUGCUUUUUAUUUUUAAUUUUAUAUAUUGUAGCACCAAAGACACACACACACACACACACACACACACAAAGGAACCCACUGAGUGAAGGAUGGAAAAACUUUGAUGUCUUCAAUAUAGCAUGGAAGCACUUGGUGCAAGGUGUUUCAGGCAUGGGAUAAUAGGUGGUGGAGGUGGAUGCAUGGUUGGUUUCUCAGGCUGGCACCUCUCUGUCUCCCUCUCUUUCUCUCUCUCUCUCUCUCUCUCUCUCUCUCUCUCUCGUUGACUUUAUGUUGUUUUCUCCUUGAAGGAUUUAUUUGUAGUUCAGGAUUUUCAAUGUUAGGCGCAUCCCAGUCCCAACCCUUUGGGCUGUACCCAGUGUUCUCUGUCCACUAGCACAAGUUUUAAUGUUGCAUGACAGAGGAAUCUAAUGCAACAGUUGUGCUAGCCGAAACUUGCUGCGCAACAGAGUGCACAGUCUGUUGUGCAACAAAGUUACCAGCAACCUACUUAUGCAUUCUCUUACGCAACAACAUUCUGCUGGUGCAAAGAAAAUCACCAGCGGUGCAAAUAUACCGCUAAGUGAGUUUAACUUUGUGCCGCAUUGGAUACACCUGUAUCAGAGCAUUUUGUUUCCUUAUUACCCUUGAAAUAAAGUCCUGACCACAGUUCUGAUUAUAUCUCAGCCUCUUGAUAGCACUCUGGUUCUUGUGGGAUUCUAACCCAAGUGCUCAUGGUAGAUUGAUCUCCAAGAUCAGUCAUUCAAACACAGAGCUACAAGGCAGUUAAGUCCUCUCUAAAUUGCAGGAUCUUACUCUCUUCCCAUUUUUAUUUUUUAUUUCAGAAGGAAGGCAGAAUCCUCAACUUGGAAAACCUUCUAGGCAUACCUGUAACUGUAUCACUAUGAAGCUACUGGAAAUAGUUGUUGCACUCAUUUUUAGCUAGAAGGAAUUAGUUAAGAGGCCUUUCAUCCUCUUCCUUCCACAGUGGUACUUUUGGACAAGUUCCUCCAGAGGAAAAUACACGCCCUGAAGAAUUGUGUUUGAAGGGUGUGUUUAAAAAUGCAUUAAGAAUUAAUAAAUAAAAGUAUUCCUUUCUGGACAUAUCUUUAGGCACAGGAUGCUGGUGCCUAGUUAUGUAAGCUUUUGUAAAAAAAAAUGAUUUUUUUAAAAUGGGAGUGCUAUUCAAUGCUAGUCCUACUCGGAGUAGACCCGUUGUAGUUAAUAUACAUGACUGACUUAGGCCCCACAGAACUACAGUUCCCAACGUUCACUGGGAAGAGGUAUUGGUUGUUCAACCACUCUAGGAAUUGUAGCUCUGUGAGGGGAGUAGGGUUCUCCUAUCAAUUCACAGCACUCUAAACAAACUGCAGUUCCUAGGGUUCUUUGGGGCAAUCCAUGACUCUUUAAAGUGGCAUGACACUGUUUUAAAAUGUAUGGUGCAGAUGGGGCCUUAGGUUAAUUAAUUUCAAACUCUCCUCUGAGUUGAAUACAGCCCUGGAUUUCUAGUUCCAGUACAAUGUUUCUCCAGGUGUUUUCCUCUGUAGUAGGGAUGAGAUCCGCAUUUCAGUGCCGGUUCGAUUCUCCCUCCGUCAUACUUCCUUCCGGUACCUAAUUGUAAGGGAUCAACGUUUGCUAUUUGCAAUAAAUACCAAUUUGGUUUUUUUCCCACAAAAAUAUCAAUAUUAAUAUUGAUACUUUUUAAAAUAUUGUCUUUUCAUAGAUUUUUUAAAUCUAUUAAUAUCAAUAUUUUAUUUUGAUAUUUUAAUUUUUUUAAAAAAAUCCGCUUCAGCUGCGGAAAACUGCUAGAAAAAAACCUGAUCCAUGAGGAUAAGAAAAAAUGAAUAACUAGGAAAUCCGGUGUCAGAUUCAAAUUUUGCAAAAUUCAAGCACAUCAAUACUCUGUAGUAACUUGUCCAAAGCACUACCGUGGAGGAAUGUGAUGUUUAAAAGAAGGAGCAGGCAAGAUUAAUGACCUGCAGGAGGUUUUCUUGUCACCUCAAUCCUUGAAACAGACCAGUCUGCUUAUGUCUGUAGUUCCUCUGGCUACAGCCAUCUUGGGAGCAAAAGCCACUCCUACCUCUUCUGUUGUUGCCACCUCAGUUACAACAUAGGCUUCUUCUGCAGAGGGACUGGUGGGGGGGCGGGGGGGGAAGUUUCACUUUUCAGGAAUCCUGGUUUGUGCUGCUACUGCACAACCUUCAGGCACAGUUCUUAGCAAGCGUGCCCUUCUAGCCACAUGUUGGCGUGAUUAUAGCUAGCUCUGCUCUAGUCACAGUCCAUGCUUAAGGGCCUUUCCUAACAGCUGUAUAUGUGAGCAUGUAACUUUGGGCUAUGGGAGUUACUGUGGAGCCAGGGUGACACAGCCUUUCUUUGCAAGUAAUUUGGCCAUUUCCGGCUGCCAGAUAAAAUCAAGUGACCACACAUUUGUUCCUUCACAAAUCAGAUUUAUCAAAGGGGAGAUGCAAAUGAGAGAACAUGGGAUUCCCACUUGAAAAGUCUCAGGUCUGAUUGUAAAUAUUAGUCCGGCACCAGGGAUGGUCAACUGGCAGGGCAGACGUGGUCCGCAAAGCAGUUUUAUCUGGCCUCCAUCCACCCUGCCAAAUUGUAUUGAAGGUGUGAUAAAAAUUCUAGCUUGUGUAAAAGAGAGAGGGAUUACACACUUUAAUGUUCUCUCUCUCUUCAGCCAGCAGCUACUUGGAAAAGCAAUGAGACACUGGAUGCUUCGCAGCAGACAAAAAUUGCAGAUAGCCUAGUUGGUCCAUCAGAAUCUUUCAAGAAAUGUAACAGCCACUUAAUACUGGUAAUAAGACUAACUAAAUUGUCACAGAGUACAAGCAAAAUGUACCACCAAAGGAUUCAAACCCAACCUUUACAAAAGCUGAAAUAAAAAAUUAGGCAAAGUAGUAUGCUAACUCAAGUAUUAAGAAUAUGUAAAUUUGUAUUAUUUAAUAGGUGUCACCAUAAAACAUAAUUAAAACAACUAUCUUCAUCACAAAACAUAUGUCAUCAUGUGCAAAGAUGGAAAGUUUGCAGAACAUCCACAAUCUCUUGUGUGCAUAUAUAUCUAAACAUACCAACUGCACAAUAAAUUCUUAAUACAAAAACUUGAUAAAAGGUCAAAACAAAACUUACAUGUUUUGACCUAUAUCAGGUCUUCUUCAGUGGUCACUGUUGAAAAAUUUGUGCUACAUAAUAAUGGAUUCCUUUUAGGUCCUAGUUGUACUCAUUAUAACCUAUAUGAUAUAUUGUCUAAGUAUCUGUCUGAAUCUGGAAAUCUAGGGCUAGUCAGCAGGUGUGUUCAUUCCUUUUCAUGAGCCUUUUUAAUUCAAUCAUUUCCUUAUAUACCAGCCAACGCCAGCACAAAUUUUUUGUGCAUAUUAUGUAAACCUCUAUCUUCACAUAUAACAUAUGUUAUGUGAUGAAGAGAAGACGUUUUAUGGUGACAACUAUUAAAUAAUAUAUAUUUCUAAUACUUGGGUUAGCAUACUACUUUGCCCAACAGAAUAAAAGCAAACCUUGGGUUCACCAGCAUCCAGCCUGGAGAAAAGAUCUAUUGUAAUUGAAAACUUGCUUGUACCUACAAUGUUUUAGUUGGCCAGCUAAAAGUUUUAUACUGCUUUUACUUUUGAAGAUUGCCUACACAUUUUCUUGCAUUGCUAUCUCAUGCAGAUUCCAGAAAGACAAAGAACCACAACCAGACAACCUCUUGGGCAACCUUUUGCAAAGGGUUUUGCCCCGCUCCCCAACUGAUUACCUCCUUUCACCUGAUUGCAUGGUCUGUAACUGUGAAGCUGAUUAAUGCCAGGUGGUGCUGAGCAGGUUGUGUGUUGGAAUACACUUCUUGCCACUGAGCUCCUCUAGAGAAUAUAGAAGUUGGAUCUCCUUGCCCUAAGCCAGAUAUGGCCAACUGUGGACCGGAUAAUCUGCAAACAUAUCUGCUCUCCCCCUGCCACAGCCCUGCCAAAUUUGAGUGAAGUAUGAGGCAAGAAUUCUUGGGGAAACUCCUCAUGCGUUAUGUGCAAAGGAUUCCACAGGUUAACAUUUUAUUUGUCUUUGGGGCUUUGUAAAUAAUGCAAAUUAUCCCCACGGUCAUAGGGAUUUGACCAUGCAGGGUUGUCGGGGAGAGUCAGGAAGGGUCUCCAGCAAAACACAACUCUUGUCUCCUGCAGCACUGUCUGGCAAGCUGAGUGGCCAUCCCUAGAUGACUAGAUAAGCCCAUGAGUUGGGAGUGGGGGCUUAUCUGUGGCCAGUUCUCAGGCCCUCCCAUCCAUUGCAGUCAGCUCUUUGCUGCCACUUCUCUUGAAAGAGCGAAAUGGGAGGGGCAAGGCAGAGAAGCAAAGCUGGAGGUUGGGAGAUCUCAAAACCUUUCUGCUUUCCGCAUGGUGUGUUUACCAAUAUUUUGCUGCUUCCAUUUGACUGGGGAGCCCCCAACCAAAAUAGUUUUGAUCCCCUGGGCAUGUCUUCUGCCAGGAGCCUGUGGCUCAAGAAUUUGUCAGUAGUAAAACCCUGUGGCUUAUCUGCUUUCCUUUGGCACUGCCUGUCUGGUUCAUCCAGCUAGCUGACUUAAUUCUACCAGGCAGCAAGAUGACAAGUGUUGCACGUGGCGUAAGAUUUAUCAUCUCAGGACUCGCCGUCUGUUGCUUCUGGUCCCUUUUGCUUUUAGCAGGGAAACAUGCGCCAGAGCAGGUUUUGGUGUGAACCUUCUGAAUCAUUUCGCUGGCUAUUUUGUUUUUAAUUGUGUGUUCUUCCUCCCCCCCCCCCCAAAAAAAAGAAAGCCCAGCCAAAGAGUGAGCUGUUUGUUGUGGUGCUUCUCAGAGAGGUAGCGGUGGCUACGUCCCAGCUUAGGGCUGCAGGAAGCUGCUUUAUACCGAGUUAGGCAUGAGCCCAUCUAGCUCAGUGUUGUCUACUUCUGUCGUUCCCAAACUGUGUUCCAUGGACCACCGGCGUUCCACGGUCUGUGGUGUGUCUGUGGGUUUGUGGGUAAAGACAGGAGAGGGCACGCCCAUUCCAUUAAAUAUCCCUAUUGAUUUUUUAAAUUGUAUUUUUAAUUGCUUCUUUUAUUUCUUAUAUUGUACUUUAUUGUAUUACAAUUUGAAUUCUAUGGAAUGAAACACAAUCCGCAAGAAAUAAAUGAAGCAAUAAAGAUACAAUUAAAAAUCAUACAGUGUCCAGCACGGCGCAUCACCAUUAUCGUUAAGUGUUUGGCCAAAACCAUCAGUAAUUUUCCAAUGCUCCGUGGGGGAAAAAUUGGGAACUGCUGGUCUACACUGACUGCCUUUAGAGAUUGAACCUGGGACCUUCUGCAAGCAAAGCAGGUGCUCUUAAUACUGAGCUACAGCCCUUCCCCUUCCAUUGGGAAACUGAAUUUCUGGUAGGAUUCCUCUUUAGGCUCCCCGAUAAACUGUUUGUAUUUGCUUUUUAAGCUAGGAGGUUAUUAGCCCUCCUGGGGGGUGGGUGGAGGGAGAGGGAACCUGAAGAUGUGCAUUGCAACCUCUAUGCUUAACACAGCUCUAACUCUCCCUACACCGAUUCCCUCAAUAUUCAGUGACUCCUAGGCGUCCUUCCCUCGUGGAACAGCAUCCUGCAAUGUAAGUGACUGUUAUCCAGAGUUGUUUGAUUUGCAUAACUGUUGGUUUCCGGUUUUCACUUCAGCUUUUUUCUUUUUUCUUUUCUGCACUCUAGUGCAGAACCCUAAGGUAGGAGAGGGAGGAUUGAGGAAGUGGGCUGCUUUUUCUGAACACUCUUUUUUUUCACAAGCUCUGAGAACAAUCAAUUCUGGGAUUUCUCGCUUAACACGUACCAAACUAGACAGGAAAGUGGCAGAUAAAACUAGGUGUGCUCUGAUUUAUGUAUAAGGCAAGGGUGUGAGGAUAAGGGAUCUGAUUUUUAAAAGGGUGGUGGUGCAUAGUUAAGGGGAGCUGAACCCUCCCCCUCCAGUGCUUUUCUCUGAGCCAGGGUCUCUUUGCUCUUGGCUCAGGAGAAAAGCAUCUGAAGGGGGGAACUAACUUGGCAAGGAGUAAGCCAUGGGGCAGUUUAGCACUCCCCAAACCCAUGUGCCCCUUUUUAUUUAAAGAUUAUGCUUCCCCCUCAAAAAAACUGCCCUGUGUUGCAUGCAAUUUCAGGCAGGCCUGAGUUUAAACAAACGGGUCUUCACCUGUCAUGUCUAGUUUGGUCGUGUUGCGCUUCCUAACAUUAUAUUUCUUGCACAGAAAGCUGCUUGAAUCACUGGAACGACCUCCGCACUACGAGGGUAUUGAUGCCUGUAAGCUUUCAUAACACAGCUAGAACUGGAACUAGUCAGGGAGCUAAAAGGUCGUUCUUAAUCUAGUUCAGGGAAAAGGGUAGAUUUGGGGAUUUGUAAUGAUAUAUAUAUAUUAUAUACCUCAUUAAAAUGAGCUACAGCAUCAGACUUGGACCUUUUAUCAUUUUGUGGGUUGGCCAUUGUAGAUGGUGAAAAUUCAUCACUGCCACCCCCACUUCUCUGGGCUGUUUUUGAUGCUGGCAAUCUUGGCUGAGUUGUGUAUCUGUUUCUGUUGUGCCUGCCUGGCUUUGGAGAGGAGUCAAGAAACCAGCAGUGGACUCUGGCUUGGUGAGAUGCGGACGAGGGAGAUGAGAGAGGGCGUUAACCAUACCCAAUUCUGCAUAUUAAAGAGAUUGUAUGACGCUCAGGGCUUUUGAUACGAUGGAAAGGGCUGUUUUUCUCCUGGACCAGGUUUCAUUUUUGCAGAGGCGGUCUCUUCUCCCCAUCCCCCAAUUCAGGCGCCGGACCCCGCAGCACUCUAGUCUGGAGAGGCUGGCCUUGUGAGUAAAGGCGUGGGCACAGGAUGAAGAACCCAAGCCCUCUCCUGUUUGCUGUAAAGCAAGUGCAGACCUUCUUAACUCUGGACUGUGCAAAUAGUUAUGAACAUAGAUGCAGCGGAUGGACCUGGGACCUUCUGCACGAAAGCAUAUACUCUACCACUAAGCUACAGCUCGCUCCCCCAAAGGUUGUUUCACUUUGCUUUGUUCCUUUUUUGGUCUGGCAAAGAGGCCCCAGUGCUUUUUGAGUAGCACCAGAAGACUCAAGGACAAGAUCCUUUUAGCCAUCAGGGUGGAAGGAGGGCGCUGUCCUCCCAGACAGGCGCUUCGGGUCCUGCCGAGCAAAUAGGACUGAUAACAUACACACACACACAGAGCCCUUUCUUUGCUGCUGCCUCUUCCUCCCAGGCAGAUCCAAAGGAAGAAGGGAGGUGUGUUGCUCUGAAAUCAGCCGCAGCAGCAGCCUUGCAGCUAGGAUUUUUUUUUCUUAUCUAUUUAAAGGAAGAAAUAAAAUGUGAUAGCCUAGAUGGUGAAUAAAUAAAUACCUCAGACGUUUCCUUCCAGCAAGUGUCUGUAUAUGUUGUUGGUGGGGUUUUUUUCUAUCUUACAUGUUAUCUGAAUGUUUAUAUUCCAAUAAACUUCUACCUCUUCAUACCGUG